CACGCGAUCCUUACGGCGCAUCACGAGUUACGGGAGUGAUCAUGAGAAGACGGAAAAGUGUCAGCUAGCCCCGGUAGAGCGUCUGUUUACAUUCCCAGCGGCGAGCCGCCAGAGUCCAACAUGGCGAACAUCACCAAGAAAGUGUCCUGGUCCAGCCGAGACGACGAGUCCGGGGCGGCCGGGGAGGAAACCCCGUUGCUGAACGGCUCCGGCCAGUCCAGACCCCUCAGACAGAUGUCAAGCGGAAGCACUGUAUUUCAGAUAGGCAGACUGAGCACGGUGGAUUUGGACGAGGAGAUAACCACGGAAGAGCCGGAUUUGGUGAGAGGGCGACCCAAAGAGAUCCCUCACAAUGAGAAGCUGCUGUCACUUAAGUUUGAGAGUCUCGACUAUGAUAACAUUGAAAACCAGCUGUUUCUGGAGGAGGAGCGGAGGAUGAGCUUCAUGUCUUUUCGCUGUCUGGAGAUCAGCCGCUGGGUGAUCUGCGGCCUGAUCGGCUUCCUGACGGGCCUCAUCGCCUGCUUUAUAGACAUCGUGGUGGAACAGCUGGCUGGACUCAAAUACAAAUUGAUUAAAGAAAAUAUUGUGAAGUUUACAGAAGCAGGUGGACUGUCCAUCUCCCUCCUCCUCUGGGCUGCCCUGAACUCAUUCUGUGUCAUGUGGGGGGCCAUCAUAGUCGCCUUCAUUGAGCCCAUCGCAGCAGGAAGUGGGAUUCCUCAGAUAAAAUGUUUCCUAAAUGGAGUCAAGAUUCCCAGGGUGGUACGGCUCAAGACUUUGGUGGUAAAAGUGGUCGGUGUAAUCUUCUCCGUGGUCGGUGGCCUGGCAGUAGGGAAGGAAGGCCCAAUGAUCCAUUCUGGUGCCGUUUUAGCAGCUGGCGUCUCACAGGGCAGAAGCACUUCAUUAAAAAGAGACUUUAAGAUAUUUGAAUAUUUCCGGAGAGACACAGAAAAAAGGGAUUUUGUUUCCGCCGGAGCUGCUGCUGGAGUUUCUGCUGCGUUUGGAGCCCCAGUUGGCGGCGUUUUGUUCUCUCUGGAGGAAGGAGCCUCUUUCUGGAACCAGAUGUUGACAUGGAGGAUUUUUUUUGCCUCCAUGAUCUCCACCUUCACGCUGAACUUCUUCCUCAGUAUCUAUCACAACAAACCAGGAGACCUUUCCAAUCCAGGUCUCAUCAAUUUUGGACGCUUUGAGAGCGAAGCGAUGGAGUAUAACCUCUAUGAGAUCCCUUUGUUUAUUGCUAUGGGAGCCAUAGGUGGAGGUUUGGGAGCUUUCUUUAACUUUCUCAACUACUGGCUGACCAUCUUCAGGAUCAGGUACGUCCAUCGGCCAUGUUUGCAAGUGAUGGAGGCCAUGCUGGUCGCCGCAGUGACCGCGACGGUGGCUUUCAUCAUGAUCUACUUCUCCACCGACUGUCAGCCUCUGGGUCCAGACCACAGCGAGGAGUACCCACUGCAGUUGUUCUGUGCAGAUGGGGAAUAUAACUCCAUGGCCACAGCCUUCUUCAACACUCCUGAGAGAAGCGUGCGGAGUCUCUUCCACAAUCCAACAGGAACCUACAACUCUCUGACGCUGGGUUUCUUCACUGUGACCUACUUCUUCCUGGCGUGUUGGACCUACGGCUUGGCGGUGUCUGCCGGGGUGUUCAUCCCAUCUCUCCUGAUCGGAGCGGCCUGGGGGAGGCUGUGUGGAAUACUGCUGGCCUCCACUACGUCCACCGCCUCAAUGUGGGCUGACCCUGGUAAAUACGCCCUGAUUGGAGCUGCUGCUCAGUUGGGUGGCAUCGUGAGAAUGACCCUCAGCUUGACGGUCAUCAUGAUGGAGGCCACGGGCAACGUCACGUACGGCCUUCCCAUCAUGCUUGUACUCAUGACAGCCAAGAUAGUCGGAGACUACUUCCAGGAAGGUUUAUAUGACCUCCACAUCAAGCUGGGAAGCGUUCCCUUCCUGCACUGGGAGGCGCCUGCCACCUCCCACUGGCUCACCGCCAGGGAGGUGAUGAGCUCACCGGUCACCUGCCUGAACAGAAUAGAGAAGGUCGGAAGGAUCGUCGACACGCUCAGCAACACUUCCACCAAUCACAACGGCUUCCCCGUCGUCGUGCAGGUUUCUGGUGACGACGAGCCGGCUAAACUCUGCGGUCUCAUACUCCGCUCUCAGCUCAUCGUUCUCCUCAAGCACAAGGUGUUUGUGGAGCUCGCCCGCUCCCGGCUCACUCAGAGGAAGCUCCAGCUCAAGGAUUUCAGGGACGCCUACCCCAGGUUUCCCCCGAUCCAGAGCAUCCACGUCUCUCAGGACGAGAGAGAGUGCAUGAUGGACCUCACCGAGUUCAUGAACCCAACUCCCUACACCGUUCCACAGGAUACGUCACUUCCUCGCGUGUUCAAGCUGUUCAGAGCGCUCGGACUCAGACAUCUAGUGGUGGUGGAUGACGACAACAGAGUGGUCGGACUGGUGACCCGGAAGGACCUGGCCAGGUAUCACAUGGGUAAACACGGACUGGAGGAGCUCCAUUUGGCUCAGACAUAGCACACACACACACACUGAUGGACAUGAACACACCUGAAGCCUCAGAGGCCACCAGCCUACCUGCACGCCUGAGGGAUGUGUUGUUCUUCAGCACAGCAAAAUGACCGUGGUUUGUAUUUAAGACUCUUAAGAUGAUUCACUUGUUUGUGGUUAGAUUUAUUUCCUUUUACCUAAUUUUCUGAACUUAAAUCAUCCUUUCUUUUAUUAUGCCGGGUAGCUCCAGAACAACCGGAUCACUUCAAAUUGAAGCUGUUUGUAUAAAAGGCUUUAUUUCUAUUCCCCUCUGCUGAAAUGUAACCAAACCUGAUUUAGAUUCAGAUUUAGUUUGGCUAAAGGGGUCAAUCAUGAAUCCGGUUUCUCUCUGUCUUGUUUUUCACUCCAUCACUUUAACAUUGAAGGAUUUCCUGCUGUUGAAUCCCAGAGUUGAAAUCCUUUAUUUAAAUUUUUUUUUUGUUUGUUUGUUUAAAUUCAGAUUACAGAUCCUGAGUGAUGUAUUGCGUGUUUUGAGCGAACGAUGUUAUUUAUUCAUGUCAGAGAUCUGUUUUAACUUAAAGACAAUACUCCGGGCUCGUGCAAAGUCCAAGGCCUUAUACCUUUAUGUCCCAUUAUUGCCUCUUUUUCUGUCUGACAUGCACAGAUUGCAUUACUACUGAGAGCGAAAGCUAAACUCGUCUUCGUUAAAUCAUCUCUGAAGGUUUGCACUUUCACCUUUCUUCUGUGAAAGACAUUUUAGUAUGACGAUCUGCAUCAUGAAGCUUUAUGUGAAUGUUGUUUGGAAGAAUAUUGUCAAAACCAGAAAAUUCAAUGUUUGAUUGUAUUUUAUUUUUAUGUCAGUUUGUGCAUUUCCUUUCAGUAUUAGCAUUUUGCUGUAAAACCACUUUGUUUUUUCUUCAAUGUAUAGAACAUGAAAAUGUUUACUGAGCUCUAUUUUAUAACUACUAAAACAAUGACUUUUGUGAGGUAAUAAAGUUGGAAUACUUUUAUUGGAGACAAUAAAUGAUAAUCAUUCUUGUAAAUACGAAAAGUGAAA